UGCCGCUCCGAUCAGCUGAGCUUCAGUCGAGCUGCAGGAGUUCAGGCUGAGAGAUGCGCUCUGAUGGAUCUUCUGAUCACAGAUUCCAUCACACGUGAAGACCACCAGUGAUGGCUAGCACGCUGAGCUGUAGGAUGUGGACCCCCCCGCUGUGUCCUGUCACGGCCGGGACAUGAUGGCAUGCCGAGGGUCAGGCUGCUCGGGCUUUGCCCCCGUGAGCCAGGACACAGCGCGGUUCGCCAUGCUGGCACUGCUCAUCCUGCUGUACCUGCUGUGCGGCGCCGCCGUCUUCUCCGCCCUGGAGCAGCCCAAGGAGAAGCAGGCCAAGGCCCGCUGGAUGCAGAGGUUCGAGAACUUCAGCCAGAAGCACAACCUGAGCCGGAGUGACCUGGAGAGCUUCCUCAGGCACUAUGAGGAGGCCAGCAUGGCCGGCGUGAGGGUGGAUGGACUCAAAGCUCGCUGGGAUUUUCCUGGAGCGCUGUACUUCGUGGGUACGGUGGUGUCCACUAUCGGCUUUGGGAUGACCACCCCAGCCACGGUCGGCGGCAAAAUCUUCCUGAUCUUUUACGGACUAAUUGGCUGUGCGGCGACUAUCCUGUUUUUCAACCUGUUUCUGGAGAGAAUUAUAACCGUGCUGGCCUUCGUGCUCAAGUCCUGCCAUGAGGUUCAGCACCGGCGCAAAGGGGUGCUACCUCACGACGGAGGACAGGGACCAGGGGACACGCGGCACCGCGGGGAGGACAGUUUAGCGGGGUGGAAGCCGUCGGUCUACUGCGUGAUGCUGAUCCUCUGCGUGGCGUCUGUGAUCAUAUCCUGCUGUGCCUCGGCCAUGUACUCCUCCAUGGAGGGAUGGGCGUACUUGGACUCUCUGUACUUCUGCUUUGUAGCUUUCAGCACCAUCGGCUUCGGGGACAUGGUCAGCAGUCAACGGACCUCCUACCAGAGCCAGACUCUCUACAGCCUGGGCAAUUUCUUUUUUAUCUUGAUGGGCGCAUGCUGCAUUUAUUCGCUCUUUAACGUCAUAUCCAUUGUCAUCAAACAAGUCCUCAACUGGCUUCUGAAGAAGCUGGAGAUACCCUGCCGACACUGCCCCAGAAGAUCUAUGAGGCCGGGCAGGAACGCGGUGGUACCCGGCCACUUCCGGACGCGCGUCCGCAACAUCUCCAUAGAUACGGACGCCGUGAACGAGAGUGAAACAGACGGCCGCAGGAUGUCCGGGGAGAUGAUCUCCAUGCGAGACUUCCUGGCCGCCAAUAAGGUCAACUUGGCCAUCAUGCAGAAGCAGCUUUCGGAGACGGCCAACGGCCAUCCACGACCAUCUGGCUCCUCCAACCGGCACAAUGAUUUCUCUGGUGGAGUCGGAGCUCUGGGCAUCAUGAACAACAGACUGGCUGAGACCAGUGUGGACAGAUAAGUCCGACAUGACUGCUGAAGAAAACUGUGAGGCUGUAUCGUACUGUUCAUGCUGCAGGUUCACGUACAGAACCUGCUAUAGGGCAGUUAGCCAAUUCUCUGCCUUUUUUAUUUGUGAACCUGUGCAGUACUGUAGCUAAAAAAAGCCUCCAUAGCUGCUAUAAAUGCGUGAAACAUAAGUGGAACAGAAGCUCAGGUGUGGUUAGAAGAGGCUUUGCUGUAUAACAGUAGGCAGAAUAAUGCUGCAUUCCAUUUAAACUUAAAUCGGAUGGCAGAAUUUCUGUGUUUUAAGUAGAAAUGUAAAGAUUUCAACUGUAACACCCUCACAACCUACGUAAUUAAGCCUUAAAUAGCAUGUUAGCCUCGUUACUAACAGCCAUGUUAAAGCCGCAAAGUUCACAUCAGCUGGAUUCUGCAGAAUUUAAGUGAGUGAGCUAAUAGUGGUAAAGCUAAUAACAAACUUUGGCAGAUUUAGAGCGCGACUGUCAGCAGAGAUGCUGAUGCUGUUUUUCUGAGCUGGAUUACUCGCUGACAGUUGUUGACAGUGUCAAUGAACCUUGCACUCAUUUAGGGGGUAUCCAAAGUAAUCCUACACUGCCUUUUUCUAAUUCCUCCAUUUGCUCCAUUGGCUUUUGGUCCACCAAUACUGAUAAGAAGCAAAUCUACACAGUAUGCUAACCAUGUGUUUUAAUACUAUGGUAUACUAUAUAUGGUAUUACUGCUGCAACCCUACACACAAGUCAGAUUUUCUACUCAGAAAGUUCAGAAUCCAAGAUGGCUGCUCUGCAACUCAACAGUAGUAAAAUCAGCAGCUAGUAUUAUGUAUUAAAUACAGUUUAUUAACAUUUCUAUCUAUUUGUAUCACAUUAAAUAAGCUGUACACUCAGUACUGUCCAACUUUUAUAUGUGGACCAUGUUUUCAUGGUGUUCAAUUACAACAACCUGGGACAAUGCUAACAAUGCUAACAUGGAGCAUAAAAAUUUGAAGAUAUGUUGGUUAGAUUCAACAUAAAACACUGGAAAAUGAUGGUUAAACCAUUUUUGGUCAACUUUAGCUUUAAAUUCUUUAGCUCAAUGUUUGUUUUUUUUUUUUAAUGUACCAUUAUCUCAUUGUUUAACUGUUAUAUCACCCAACUUUCAAGCUAAAUGAAAUGCAGCAUUAGUCUCUUUCUACUACAAGUGUAUAUAAAGUUGGGUUCGGCAGUAAGCUGAACUAAGCCUUUAUAAAGUCUGGAGACCAAUGAUCAGUGUUCCUCACUUCCACUCUUCCUCUAAGAAGGUUUAAUCUGCUUGCCUGGUGGCCAUUAUAUCGUAAACUCUGUUAGAACUACUGCACUUUGAAAUGAAUAACGGUUCGUUUACACUCCCUUUACAUACAAAAAUGGAUAUGUUCGUUUUAGACAGAAAAACCUUCAAUGCCCUCCUGCUUCUACUGUAUGUGUGCUUUACAUGGAUGUUAAACAGUACAUCCACUAGAAGGCAGUUUAUAGAACCAGAAGUUUUUUUAACAAGCAACUACAAACAUGGUGACGGUAGAGCAGGGUGUGAUAAUAGCUGUGUCCAAACGUUGAGGGUGCAGCUGAUGUAUCCUUCCAAGCCGAUGGUUACCCACAGUUCCACCUAGGGGUGGGAUAAGGAAAUACCAGGAAUUAUGGAUUUAUUGGUGUUGGAUUCACAGAAAUUUACAACCAAUGUUUUUCACUGCAGUUUUACCCUAUUUCUUUGAUUAGCGCCACCCAGUGGAGUAUUGAAGCAGUGACUUUAGUGAGUCAAAUGAUCAGGGGGGAGAAGUUUGCUCAACUAGUGACUACACUGCCACAAGAAUUUCCAGUGAUACUGCCCUGUUCUGUCCAUAUUCAUCAGCUUUUAUAAAAUGUGCACAAAUAUAAACGAAAUACAUUCAAAGUAUGGACAGAAGGCGAUUUAUGUAUCCAUACAUUUUUAAAGAAAGUGCACAAAUAUGGAAAAAGUGAACAAAGAUCAUGGACAGAAGGCUUGAUCUAUAUCCAUAAACGUUCAGAGCAUGCUCACAAAUACGGACAAAAUAAAUGCAGAGUACGGACAGAAGGCUCCGACCAUUUCCAUAAGAUUUAAGAGAAUUUGUACUAAUUACGGAUGAAAUAAGUGCAGAGUACGGACAGAAGUCUUUAUUAUUUUUCCAGAGAGUACACAAAUAUGAAUGAAAUAAUCACAGAGUACAGACAGUAGGCUCUUUCCGUAUCCAAAAGCAUUCAGAGAGACUGCAGAAAUACAGAAGUAAUGAACAUAGAGUACGGAAAUGAAGCUCCAUCCGUAUCAAUAAAAUUUUAACAAUCUGCAGGAAUACAGAAGUAAUGAACAUAGAGUACUGAAGUGAGGCUCCAUCCGUAUCGAUAAGCUUUCAGAGCAUCUGCAAGAAUACUAAAGUUAUGAACAUAGAGUACGGAAAUGAGGCUCUAUCCGUAUCGAUAAGCUUUCAGAUAAUCUGCAGGAAUACUGAAUUUAUAAACAUAGAGUAUGGAAAUGAGGCUCUAUCCGUAUCGAUAAGCUUUCAGAUAAUCUGCAGGAAUACAGUAGUAAUGAACAUAGAGUACGGAAAUGAAGCUCCAUCCGUAUCCAUAAGAAUUCAGAGAAACAGCAGAAAUACAGCAGUAAUGAACACAGAGUACGGAAAUGAGGCUCUUUCCGUAUCCAGAAGAUUUCAGAGAAUCUGCAGAAAUACGGAAAUAAUGAACAUAGAGUACGGAAAUGAAGCUCCAUCUGUAUCGAUAAGCUUUUAGAGAAUCUGCAGAAAUACAGAGGUAAUGAACAUAGAGUACGGAAAUGAGGCUCUAUCCAUAUCGAUAAGCUUUCAGAGAAUCUGCAGAAAUUAAAAAAAGUAAUGAACAUAGAGUACGGAAAUGAGGCUCUAUCCAUAUCCAGGAGAUUUUAGAGAAUCUGCAGAAAUACAGAAGUAAUGCACAUAGAGUACGGAAAUGAGUCUAUUUCCGUAUCUAGAUCAUUUUAGACAAUCUGUGAAAUACAGAAGUAAUGAACAUAGAGUACUGAAAUUAACUCAAUUCGUAUCGAUAAGCUUUCAGAGAAUCUGCAGAAAUACAGAAGUAAUGAACAUAGAGUACAGAAAUGAGUCUCUUUCCGUAUCUAGAACAUUUCAGAGAAUCUGCGGAAAUACAGAAACAAUGAACAUAGAGUACGGAAAUGAAGCUCCAUCCAUAUCAAUAGGCAUUCAGAGAAUCUGCAGAAAUAAAGAAGUACGGAAAUGAGGCUCUUCCUGUAACCAGAAGAUUUCAUAGAAUGUGAAUGUGAACAAAUACAGUCAAACUGAAUGCAAAGAAUGGAAAGAAAACUCCAUAUGUAUCUAUAAGAUUCUAGAGAAUAUUCACAAAUACAGAAUAAAUGAAUUAGGAAUACUAAAAGAAGGCUUUGUCUGUAUUUGUAAGCUUUCAGAUGUGCACAAAUAGUGAUAAAAAAAUUAAUGCAAACUAUGGGCUGAAGGUGCUCAUGUUCAUAUGUUCACACAGUAUUUGUUUCCGUAUUUAACAUUGAGCAUAAAUGAGCCAUAAGGUGAGCCUGACUCAACAAACCAUCACUUUUUAUGGAGUUUUAGGGCUGCUGUAUUAAUGAUAAUUAGUUCUCAUGUAUUUACAUAUGCUUGGAUGCCAUCUGCCACUAUUUUUAAGGUGCAUACAGUUUUCAGAACAUGAGCAAUUUGCAUCUUCCUGCAGCCGACCAUUCUUCUGAAGUACAGUCUAGAGCAGACAGAACAGUAACUGUAUAAACUUGAAAUAAAAAAAAUAUGAGCACUAAAAGCUAGAACCACAACUAGACCUCCAUUCAUUUCCAUUUACUUAACACUUGACAUUAGUAUUGUAUAAACUAGAUGCUGCUGAAUGUCUUAACGGCUGAAUUUUUCCAUGUUUAUCUGCCUGGAGGUUCACCUGCAGUCCAGACAGGUACAGCAGGUGAGACGUGAGCUGGUUCUGUGGGUGGAAACAGUCACAGAAGUGAAUAUGUGAGGUAUGGAGUUACUCUAUGGACCAUACGUAUGUGUGCUAAGUUGAAUGUGUAUGAUGCAGGACAUCAGAUAAAAGAAUAUUUUCAGCACUUUGUAUUCAGAAACCUGGUAAAUUCAUGUGAAGAGAAGUGAUCUGUGUAGUUGCAUGAUGAAUUAAAGUCUAUUUUA